AUGCGCUACGUGGAACAACAGCCUCUGGCGCCACCAACAGACACCCUGUUCUUCAGACGGUGGCGCUAUAUACUCGAGCGGAAACACACGCCACCAUUAUUUCACGAAGUGGGGAUUGAGAGUACUACAGACAACAGUGACAGAGAGGUAACGCCAGCGUUUGAAGACAUCCUUGAGUUCUUAGGUUCUAGAGGAAAAUUCCAGACUAGACUGAAUAUCAUAUUUAAUUGCUUUGGUCCAUUUGUCAACCUGCUGAGCGUGUACGCCUUCCAUCUUGCCAUGCAAACUCCUGAUCACUGGUGUUACGUACCCGGGAAAGAAAACACUAACUUCACGGUUGAUGAAUGGAAGAAUAUUACAAUUCCCAAGAUAGGAAACAGAUUCAGCAGGUGUAUGAUGCACAACGUAAGUGAUAUCGAUGACGUCAUCAACGUAACAACGAUCCCUUGCCAACAUGGCUGGCUGUACGACGAUACUUGGUUCUCCCUGACGGCGCCAUCGCAAAUGAACUGGGUCUGUGACGAUGCGCACAUCGUUAGUGACGUCAUGUUCUACGCACAAAACGCAGGCCUAAUUCUAGGACUGGUGCUCGGCUACGUUGGAGACAUGCUUGGCAGACGACCGCAGCAGUUCCUGUGCCUGGCAUUCCACUUCGCCAGCAGAGUCACACUGAUCGUGUCCCCGUCUGUGCUUGUACUCUUCACCCUGGCGGAGUCUUUGGCUACCUCAGCAGCUGGGCCUAUGUUCGAGUCAGCGCUGUCCGUCGCACAGCAGUUCACCAGGAAGGCGACGGAACCACAUGGAGUCACCAGCAGCAGUCACGAGUUCGUGUCUUUGCUGCAGUACCAGUGUGCCUCCUGGGUUCACUCCAGCAGCCUGGAACUCACGGAUGUCAAGCACCGUACGACCAUCUGUACCAUAGCGUGCAUUAGCACUGGCGUUUCUAUGAUUAUCAGUGGUCUACUUGCCUGGGUUUUCCGGAGCUGGAUCUAUUUCCUUCUUUUUCCGGCACUAUGCUGUCUUCCAAUGUUUUUCUUUUGGAGGUGGUUCCCCGAGUCGCCGCGCUGGCUGGCCUGCAGGGGCCGAGACCAGGAGGCGCUGGCGCUGCUGCGGCGCAUCGCCGCCACCAACGGCUCCACGGUCGCCCCGUUCACCUCACGGGUGCUCCGCGCCAUGGCGAAGAGCAAACGGGACCGAAAGGGCUUCCUCAGCAUCUUCUCCAGCUGGAACCUUCUCCGAAACACAGUGGUGCUCAUCAUUGCCAGGGCGGUGUACCUGCUGACUUCUCUGGCGCUGGUGCUGAGCGUCGGCUUGCUGAGCGUCAACCCUUUCCUGACGGUGUCCGCGCAGGGCGUGGCGCAGCUGCCGGCCUUCAUCGCGGUCCACUACUGCGCCUCCAGGUUCGGCCGGCGCUGGUCCGCUGCCGCCUGUCCACUGCUGGCCGCAGUCGCAGGGGCUGUCCUCGUGCUGAUGUUGACCACGGGUACUUCCGGCAUCGCCCUGACGGCGGUGGCCUUUGUGAUGCAGUUCUUCACAACUGCGAGUGGUGGCUUAGCACACCUGCAGAGCGCGGAAGUGCACCCCACGUGCCUCCGGCAGAUUACUGCCAGCCUCGAAUGGUCGAUGGCUGCCAUCUUUCUCUCCCUCCUUCCGUACAUAGUCUUCAAGGCUGGAUCUGUAGAUGAACGGCUGCCUUUUGCCAUCCUCUCGGCACUCAAUUUACUGGCAGCCGUUUCCGUGUCAUUCUUGCCAGAAUCAGCUCUGCAAAGGCUGCCGGAGACCCUGAAGGAUGCUGCAGUCUUUGGACGAGGCCGUCGUUACUGGAGCUGGAAGCCUAAGCCACCACCGAUUUCUACAACAGAGCAACAUGUUAUCACAUGA